AUGUCAGAGUUUGGAAAAGCAGGUGGUGGAGGAUUACAGAGUUCACAAUAUGAUAAUGUAGAUAGACGUGAACGAUUGAAACAGAUCGCUUUGGACAUGGUCGACGUGUCAAAGGAUCCAUAUAUCAUAUCAAAUCAUCUGGGAACUUAUGAUUGCAGACUCUGUCUGACCGUACACAAUAACAUUGGCAACUAUCUAGCGCAUACACAAGGAAAGAAGCAUCAGACCAACCUCGCACGUCGAGCUGCGCGCGAACAACGCGAUAACCCUGGUACAGGCAGGCUCUCAACUCUGUCAAGACCAAGGAUCAUACCAAAGAAGACUAUAAAGAUUGGAAGACCUGGAUAUAAGAUUAUAAAACAACGCGACCCGGAGACGGGACAGCUGAGUCUGCUGUUUCAGAUUGACUAUCCAGAGAUUGAACCUGGCGUGCAACCAAGGUACCAGUUCAUGUCAUCGUUUGUACAAAAGAUUGAGGUGCCCAACAGAGAUGUACAAUACCUGUUGUUCGCGGCUGAGCCCUACGAGACCAUCGCUUUCAAGAUUCCAAACAAGAAGAUCGACAGGACCACAGGUCCCGAUGGCAAGUUCUUCACUCACUGGGACAGACAGAGAUUAUCAUUUACAGUUCAACUUUACUUUGAGGAGUCUCACAACAUUGAAACUGAUGGCAAUAUCAUGAAUCCACAUCAAGAUCGUGUUGAACGUAUAAUGGAA